AUGAUAGCACCAAACGAGGCAUCAGGCUCCUCCUCUGUAAAAAUGGAUCAUGUAGUCUCAGUUCCGGUGGAUUUGCGGGAGAUGAGCACCGACCAUCCAACUUCUAACCAAUCAAUGCACCGUACAGCUGGUGUAAUGAGUCUCAACGCCUCUGGAUUGGAUGGAAGCGCAAGUCGGGUUUUUGAUGGUGCUGAUGAGGCUAAGGAAUAUUCAGAUGAAGCAAAUACAAGUGAAUUGGCUCAGGACGUGGAUCUUCUCUAUGAGUUGAUAGAUGAGAAGGAUGCAGAAGCAAAGGAGUUAAGACGAGACCUGAAGGCUCUUCGUGAGAGUUGCAGCGAGUAUCAAGGCAAUCUCGAAGAGGCCCAAAUGAUCAUAACUGAACAACAGGAACAGCUAGCCGUCUACAGACAGGAAGUUGCCGUCAGCAAAUCAAACAUUGAAGCCUUGAAGCUCCGGAACUUCAUUCUUGCGUCGAAUAGUAAGGGUGCGACAGACGAGAUUCGGAAGAUGGUGGAAGAGUACCAUGAGAUGCAGGACGAGUUGGAGCGGCUUCGAAAGGAGCGGAGAACAACGGAGGCAGAAAUGGCGCGGCUGAGGAAACAAGGUAGUUUCCUUCGCAAACGUGUAGACGAUGAACGCGCAAGCCAGAGAAAGGGAAAUAGAACUAACAGUAUCGGUGAUGAAAUGAGUGGAAAUGGAUUUGCUCGCGGUCGUCUACAGACUCAAGACACCUCAAGCGAUGCCGCUGAGUUAAUCCGAAAGCUACGCACUGAAAAGCAACACUGGGAGGAGUAUGCCAACCGCCUAGUACGUGCCAUGGUGGAAAGCGGUCUCUCACCGAAAGACCUUAUCGAGGCCCAAGAAAACACCGCAACAAUGGCAACAGCACAAGAUGCGGAGCGCUGGCGGACCUAUGCCAUUCGUCUGCUCGCCGAUGUUGUUAGCACCGAUCCCUCUCGCCUUACUGAAUUCGAUCGACGUCUCCUUCAUCAACACACUUCUAAGGAUCAAGGUUACGUGUCUCCACGACGGAACACCUCCACUCCUGGCUUUGACACCAACUCCAUUGAGCCCAUUGGUAUAAGAACGACAUCGUCGAUUUCUGCCUCGGCCUCAACAGAGCGAUCAACAAGGGUCAACUUUGCACAAACAAGAAGGCGAAAGAUUGAUAGGCUGAAGGAUUUCUUCCAGAGGCGUGGAAGACAUUGA